CCAAAUUAAUCCACCAAAUUUGUUUAGAGAUAUAAUUUGAAGACUGCUCAUUUUAAGAAAUAAAAGCGUUGUUAUGUCUCAAGAGCCCAAGAUAGCUAAAGAUGCUGUAUUUAAGCGCAGUGAACAAAUACCAAGUGACACACCGGAAGUUAGAGGAUAUGAUUUUAAUAAUGGCGUUGACUACACUAAACUCUUUGACUCCUACAAAUACACCGGCUUCCAGGCUACUAAUUUAGGUAAAGCUAUUAAUGAAAUCAACAGAAUGUUAGAUUGUAGAUCCGAUCCCCUGACAGAAGAGGAGAGAGAUCACAAUGAAACAGAUGAGUUUAUUAAGCGCAAACAUAAGUGCACAUUAUUUUUGGGGUUUACUUCAAAUCUGAUAUCGUCGGGAUUAAGGGAAUUAAUACGAUUUUUGGUAGAACAUCAAAUGGUAGAUUGUCUUGUUACGACAGCCGGCGGUGUAGAGGAGGACAUUAUAAAAUGCUUGGCGCCUACGCUCUUGGGUUCUUUUGAAAUGUCUGGUCGUUUAUUAAGAGAACGCGGUAUUAAUCGUAUCGGCAAUUUACUAGUCCCGAAUGAUAAUUAUUGCAAAUUUGAAGAUUGGCUUAUGCCUUUGUUAGAUGAAAUGUUAGAAGAGCAAAAAGUAAAAGGAAUUGUCUGGUCUCCAUCUCUAAUUAUACAACGUCUAGGAGAACGAAUUAAUGAUAAGUCGUCAAUCUACUAUUGGGCGGCUAAAAAUAGAAUACCCGUGUUUUGUCCUGCUCUUACCGACGGUAGUUUAGGAGAUAUGAUGUACUUUCAUUCAUUUAAACAUCCCGGUCUAAUAAUAGACAUUUUGUCCGACUUGCGGCGACUUAAUACUAUGGCUAUAAAGGCCAUUAAUUCAGGCAUGCUAAUUUUGGGAGGCGGCGUUAUCAAACAUCAUAUUUGCAAUGCUAAUCUUAUGCGCAAUGGAGCCGAUUACUCCGUAUUUAUAAAUACGGCUUCAGAAUUUGAUGGAAGCGACAGCGGUGCGCGACCCGAUGAAGCCAUUUCAUGGGGCAAAAUAAAGAAAGAUGCGAUACCUAUAAAAGUAUAUGCUGAAGCUAGUUUAGUAUUGCCAAUAAUUGUGGCGGAGACAUUUGCUAAGCGUUUGCUGGUUAGAAAGUGAGAAGAAAAAUAGAAUUGUCAUGAAUUGUAAUAAAGAAUUAAAGAAGUUG